GCGAAAUCAGACUAAUCAUAUUUCGGCCUAUAAAACCAAUCAAACCCUAACACAAUCACGAUAAUCAUUCACAGGUUUCAGUUAACUGCAAUGGUGGCUUGUGUGCCCAAUUUGCACAACAUGUCGUUUACCAUCGUGCUGCUGGCGAGCAUUGUUAUAGUAAGUGCACGACUUAACAAGGGGUUGCUACGGAAAGAACUUGAUAUGCCAUUACCUGCGUAUUGCAUAUUCACCGACGACGACACAACCGACCCCCAGACCCCCAAGGGAACCACUGACCCCAAUGAUCCCAAAGACCCCAAAGAUCCCAAUAAAACCACCACCACACCCAGUCAGACCACAUUGUACACACUCUGCAUGGACGGCCGGUACUUUGACUACAUGCAUCCGGACGUCUACUGGAAGAUAAAGAAACUCUACCGUCGUCCACCGGUUGAGUUACCAGCCAUUGUGAUCACUGUAAACGAAGAUCAAACAAGAACCGUACCGCAAAACAGUCCAUCCAGGGGUGUGAACCCCAACGUUGAUCCAUGGGAGGCACCCUAUAAGUCAAGGCCACGCAGUGAACCCCCAGAGACAGAAUAUGCAGAAUCGCAGUCGCAGUCACAGUCACAGUCAGAGGCGCAAUCGCAGUCGCAUUCGCAGUCACUCUCGCAAUCACAACCGUCAGGUGACGCUGAUUAUGGUGAAGAAAGUGAAGAAACUGCUGAGGAAUACCCGCAGGUUAAUCGCAGGAUGCUACCAGUGUGAGACAUGUACCAAAGCAAAAUAAAAAUCAAAUAAACUUUA